AAAACACCGCAUUUUCUUAUGAACCUUUGCACAGUCCAUGUGAUUCGGCUUCGGCGAUUUCUUUGGAUUAAACUGCUGCUGCGAUCAGUGUUUGGUUAAUUUUCGAGUGUUUCUUUUUCUUGAUUCAAUUCGUUUGGUUUUCUUGGAAAGUUAUACGAUUUUUUUUUAUUCGUUCACUAUUCGACGCCCAACGUGCCGUUUGCCAGCCGUGCUACAACCACCACAACCGAGUAUCGAGAAUAAAUUUAGUGCUUUGAUUUCAAUUAGAAGCUGUGGCGAUCCCGUGAAAUUUUUUUGGUUGUCAUUCUUUUUCCAUACGUACACACGGAAAAAGAAAAGCAAUCAUCAAUUUGAACCGAAACGAGUACGAAAACGUUAAAUGUGCCAUUUUAUGUGGAUUUAUUAAAUUCGUGAAUUACUGAUGAAAAUUCCAGUGCAAAGGAUUUCAUUAAACACAAACUAAACAAAUAAUAGAAAAAUAAACAUUUUCGGACUUUGUUGCGAUAAGAAUACUUCGUUCGAGCAGAGGUUAAACUCAACUCCGACGGAUUUUGUUCUUCGUACCCUCUCUCUUGCCGAGACUUGAGUUUCCUAAGAAUUAGACGAUACCUUCAACAAUAUACAUCAAAAUGGUUUGCCGCUCGCGAUAUUUCAUCGCGUCCAUAUUCAUCACAUUAUGUGUUUUAAAGAAUGUUAACAGUGACGCUCCAAUAAUUGAUUCAUCGGCAUUACCGCUAGAGCACAGAUCUGUGUAUGGUCCACCAGCGCUUCAAUCACCAAUUUAUGGAGCACCACCUCAAAUACCGGAGCAUCAAGUAGCACAAAACGAAGUGCCCGACGAACAAUGGCCACUCGGUGCACAGUCCAACGACAGUCCACAGAUUAAAAAUUUGCAAGUGCAAUGCGAAAAAACGCACAUGCGUGUCAAUAUCGAAUUCGAUCGGCCCUUCUACGGUAUGAUCUUUUCGAAGGGAUACUACAGCGACGGUCAUUGUGUUCACAUGAAACCGGGCAGCGGACAUUUGAGCGCAACUUUUGAAAUCUUUUUGAACAGUUGCGGUAUGAGCAGUUCAGCCAAUCACAAUGCUCAACAAUUCGGUGCACCAACCCCAUCGGGUAGCUACGUUGAAAACACCAUUAUCAUUCAAUACGAUCCAUACGUACAAGAAGUUUGGGAUCAGGCACGUAAAUUGCGGUGUACCUGGUACGAUUUCUAUGAGAAACAAGUGGCUUUUCGACCAUUCCAAGUCGAUAUGAUGCACGCUGUCACGGCCAAUUUCUUGGGCGAUAACCUGCAAUGCUGGAUGCAAAUUCAAGUUGGCAAAGGUCCAUGGGCUUCCGAGGUUUCUGGAAUAGUGAAGAUCGGUCAAACAAUGACAAUGGUUUUGGCUAUUAAAGACGAUGAAAACAAAUUCGAUAUGCUGGUACGAAACUGUGUUGCUCACGAUGGUAAACGUGCUCCAAUCCAAUUGGUCGAUCAAAAUGGUUGCGUCACCCGGCCAAAGAUCAUGAGCAAAUUCCAAAAGAUCAAAAACUUUGGACCAUCCGCAUCGGUUGUGUCAUUUGCAUACUUCCAAGCCUUCAAAUUCCCAGACUCGAUGAAUGUGCACUUCCAAUGUGUAAUCCAAGUGUGCCGAUACAACUGUCCCGAGCCAAAAUGCGCUCCAUCGAUCGGCGGUGAAUUCGGAUUGGCUGGCUUGAGCUCCGAAUACGGUUUACCAUCAUCCGAAUAUGGAUUGCCACCAGCCGCAUACCCAGAUCCAAGACAUCCAGCUGAUGCUUCAGGCGCUUACUCAGAGAACCAACAAGACGUAGUACCACCACCACAAGCACAAUCAACCUCUGAAAAUAUCAACAAAAUCGAUACACCGCCAGCCCAAAGCAAACGAGACGAAGUCCAUUUACCACCUCCACCUCCACCAGGCCACUCGGGCUCAUACAGCACUGUUAAACGAAAGGACGACCUAGACGCUGAGGCUAACGGUAAUUUGGCUACAAUUGGCGGACGACCACGAUCAGUUGAAGGAUUGGAUGAUUUGCGCGGUGCACGAAGACGUCGUGAAACAAUGGAAAUCACUGUUAAGCCCAGAGUAUACAAACGUGCUGCACAAGAAAUGACCGAUGUCAAUACUAGUCGUGUGAUUCAAGUGGUCGCUCCGGGCGACGUUAACUUUGCUCUGAACAACAACAAUGCAGCUAGCAACGAUACGGUUGUGGUGCAAGCGCGAACAGUGGACGCUGAAACGAUAUGUAUGUCAGUGCCAAGUUUCGUUGGCGGUUUAGUUAUGUUACUUUUAGUAUUAGCAAUUGCUUCAUUAGUAGCCGCAUUUUUGUUUGUGCGCGUACGGCAUUUCGACCGAAAAGGUGUUACAAUCCCACGACAUGGAUUCAUCAAUGAAUUCAUGAAAGUCAAUUAAAUUACUAAAAACCGAACAGAAAACAAGUGAAAAAAAAGUUAGGACAAUUUUUGAACGAUUCGAUUGACAAAGAGGAUGCAGAUAAUCGGAAUAAAAGGAUAAAAUGAUUAAAAUGAACGGAAUCUACUAAGUGACCCUGAAAAUGUGUUUGAAACACUCGCUAUGACACUGCUUCAGCGUUACCUCAUCCAAAAAAAAAACGAAAACUUUAUUCUUGGUCUGUCAAUUCAAUACAGAUCAAUAUGCAUAACUUCAUAAUUCUAUUUUCUAAGUGAUCUUAUGAUUAGUUAUUUAUUCUUACCAAACGAAAACUUCACAUUUUCAUUCAAUUAUUUUCGCAAAAGCAGUUGAUUCCAUCCCUUUGGAAAACAGCUACAGUUCGGAAAAUAGUUGCAAUGAAUUUGGUUGAAGGCACGCUUUUAGCCGGGCACCGGGCAAAAUGAACUAUGCGCUUCAUCACGUUCAUGAAGACAACUCCUUCAGUUGAAUGUAAAUUCGAUUGAAAUUGUUUCCAUGUUCAAAAUGAAUGGUAGAGAAAUGUUGCCCAUUUCCGGUGUAACCCAAUCACCAUUUCGUUCAUUCUAACUGAACAUCACACAAUUUCCACUUUGCUAUUCUCUUUAAUUCUCUUUCUACCCUCUGCAUAUCUCUAUCGAUUCUGUCCAAUUUUAUUUAUUUAUUUACAACUCUAUUUAUUAUUUCUAUUUAUUUCUUCUCUAAAGACUAUCUUUUCUUUAAAUAAAAAAAAACAGAACAAAAAAUUGAAAAACGACCGUUCCAAAGUAAGUUUUGAGUAAAAACAAACCGCUCGUGGGUGUACACGCGCGCACAACAGCAAACAAACGGAAAUGCGAUCACUUUUGCAAAAAGAAAAAAAAACUAGAGCAAAUGUAGCUUUUGUACUAAUGCAAACUACGGCCUGAAUCAAAGAAGUGGUUAAGUUAUUAAGUAAUAAACGACACAAACAUAAAUGCAAUAAAUAUCAGAGAGUCUGUCCAAAAUCAAUUAGAAUGACAUUUUAUUGGCUAGAAAAGUGUAUCAGUUAGAUAAGUUUGAUUGAAGAACAACAACAAAAUCGCCUUGAAAUCAAAAUUUUGUUACUUUUUGUUUUAGUUUACAAUUCUUUAUUGUAUUACUUAAUUAAAUCGAAUGCUUCGUAAUUGUUUUUUUUUGUCUAUGUGCCGCACAAUUGCUUUCAAAUACACUUUUCUAACAUGUCAAUAAGAUUAUUUUAUCAAUCAAUAUGAAGAGGAAAAAAAGUGGUCGAAAAAAAAAAACUCUGAAGCCACGAGAUAGUAAUUUCGAUUUAAAGAAAACUUAAAGAUAAAAAGAAACGCGAAUGCAACACACAAUUCCAACAUUAAAAUCUUCUUCCAGCAAAUGAGCUGAUUUUAAAAGCACUCACCUUUCAAGUCACUCAGUUGUAAGGUCAAUAAAAGGAAGAAAAUUGAAAGACAGAGAACAGUUUUACUUAAUGAGAGCGCCUAUCUCCAUUUAUCAAGUGAAGAGAAAAAAAAAACGAAUGAAAUAUGUAAAUAUAUCGACGAAACAAAACAAUUAAAUAAAAACUAAAAAAAAAACAUUUAUUGAUUCGAUGUAAUGUUAACGUUAAAUUUAUUAUUAAAAAUAGAAAGUAUAAAAAUAAAGAAAAAUCACACAUUGAUAAAACCAAAAACGAUUGCAUUUUAUUUU